GAAAUGAAAUUUAAAGAGCCACAUGGGGAUGCCAACUGGGCAGCUAUUUAAACCGAAGGUUCAAGAUUUCGUUAUCCGUUUCCCAACGGUGCCAACACCUUGCUCUCAAUUUUCCAUGGCGUCUUCCGCCUCCUCAAUGUUGCUCCCGCUUGGUUCAGCUUCUGGAAUACACCAAAGAAUUUCCAGUGAUAAAAUACGACCUCUUGUUGUGCGCUGCUUGAAUGCCAAUAUCAAUGCAAAAGAAUGGCGGAUGAAAGAGUAUGGGAAGGAACUCAAUUUGACUAGAAGAAGAGAGAUGAUUGGUUUAGUUUGUGGAAUGUCCAGUCUCGUGAUAGAUGUUCUAAAUGCCAAGGCAGCUGGCUUGCCUCCAGAAGACAAGCCAAGAUUAUGUGACGAUGCCUGUGAGAAAGAACUUGAAAAUGUUCCUAUGGUCACGACUGAGUCUGGUUUGCAGUACAAGGACAUCAAAGUUGGUGGAGGCCCCAGUCCACCUGUUGGAUUUCAGGUGGCGGCAAAUUAUGUUGCAAUGGUUCCAUCUGGACAAAUUUUUGACAGUUCACUUGAGAAGAAGCAGCUUUACAUUUUUCGCGUUGGAUCUGGUCAAGUGAUCAAAGGACUUGAUGAAGGGAUUUUAAGCAUGAAAGUUGGUGGGACGCGUCGACUGUACAUUCCUGGAUCUUUGGCAUUCCCAAAAGGCCUGACAUCAGCUCCAGGAAGGCCAAGGGUAGCUCCAAGUAGCCCUGUGGUAUUUGAUGUCAGUCUGGAAUACAUACCAGGCCUUGAAGAUGAUGAAGAGUGAGUAGCCAUUACAAAAAUCUCUUGAAUCUCUCAUUCCUUUACCAGAGGAAAAACAAGCCAGAAAUUUGUAUAUGAUGAGAAAACACUUGCUGUUAUGCUUCAGUUUUCCCCCCUGCCUUGUUAUGAGUAUAUAAUUAUAUUUGAUGAGGAGAAGUGAAGAACUACUGAAUUAUGUAUCUUUUUUCACCUUGAUUUAGAACUCUCUUCCUAUAAACCACUAUUUAUAGGGAUUCAUAAAAUGGAAAUUCAGUUCCCAAAAU